CUCCGCUCCUUCGCCUCCGUCUCCCCGGCCCCGUCGGCCCCCGGGAAGGACCUCCAGGGCAGCAACGGCAACGACGAUGAUGACGGCCUCCCGCCCGCGCCCCUCCCGCCGCCGCCCGAGGAGCUCGGCUCCGACGACGACGCCUACUACCAGGAGCAGCUGCUCGAGUACGCGCAGGAGGACGAGGCCCGCCUCGUCCCCGUCAAGGCCUACUUCCCCUGCACCAGCAUCAACCUCAAGAGCCUCCAGUCGCAGAAUUCCUUCAAUGUCAUCCCGCCCACUUCGCGUGCCACCAAUUAUGUCGUCCUCAGAUACUAUGAUGUCAAGGGAGACCCCGAGGGUUUUAAGACUGGUGUCAUAGAUGAGAGCCAUUGCCACUACAUGGUAGUUUUCCAAUAUGGGUCCAUCGUGCUGUUCAAUGUUUCUGACCAUGAAGCAGAUGGAUACCUAAAAAUUGUCGAGAGGCAUGCUUCAGGAUUACUGCCAGAGAUGAGAAAAGAUGAUUAUGCCGUUGUUGAGAGGCCUGCCAUGGAGAAGUGGAUGGAGGGUGGACUUGAUUUUAUUAUACUUAAGGAUCUGAGUAUUGAUGGUAUUCGGACAAUUGGAAGUGUCCUUGGUCAGAGUAUUGCUCUUGACUAUUAUAUCCGGCAAGUGGAUGGAAUGGUUGCUGAGUUCACGGAUAUAAACCGUGGAAUGGAAAAAACUGGCACCUUCACUAUGGAGAGGAAAAAGCUUUUCCAGUUGGUCGGAAAGGCUAACUCUAACUUGGCAGAUGUCAUUCUUAAGCUUGGACUUUUUGAGAGGUCAGACAUUGCUUGGAAGAACGCAAACUAUGCUCAGAUCUGGGAGUUCCUCCGGGACGAGUACGAGCUAACCCAAAGAUUCGGAAACCUUGAUUUCAAGCUGAAAUUCGUCGAGCACAACAUCCGGUUCCUCCAGGAGAUCCUCCAGAACAGGAAGUCGGACUUCCUCGAGUGGCUCAUCAUCAUCCUCAUCAGCGUGGAGAUCUUGAUAUCUGUGUAUAACAUUGUCCAGGAGCAGAUGUAGGCCAAGGCGAGGGAACCAAUACGUUGUUGGUGAGAGUGAGCGAGGGAGGGAGCGAGACCAUCGUCAGAGCCACACGAACGAACCACACUGUUUUGUCCGCGAGUUUUUUGGUUCCAUUUCCUCCCCCCGGUAGAAGCCCCUGUAAAGAAUUCUUAAUUCGGACCCGAUCCUACAUGAAUGAUCACGUUAGGCUUAGCGCA